CACCAUAAUCUAUACUAACCUCCACCGAUGUUCGUAGGUAAAAUAGAAGGCGUCUACAAUGUCGGCCAGCGAUCUGGGAAAGCAGAUGAUGAAUCUAAAGGGACCAAGAAGUUGAAUCCGAGUUCUGCGACAAGUUCGGACUAUGACAAGACGGGCGGACAGUCCUCGUCCAAUAUCGAUUCUGGCAGAGGUAGCGCCGCUUAUAGUAGCGGAAGAAGACCUGCUGAUCUUAAUGGAGAACAAUUUGACAACUGUCAGAUAAAUGCUAGGAGUAAAUAUAGGGAUAUGCAUGGAGGCGCUCAUGAUACUGAAUGGGUCGAUAUAGUCGAGAACGAGUUGAGACACAUCUUAGAACCAAAACUUCACGAACUGUCUUUGCAAGGCAACCCAGGAAUCGCCCAUUCCACUAUUAGCGAAAGUAUAUCGUCCAUGACACCCCCUCUACCACCCCUAUCACCAGGCGACCAAUCAUCCCCCAACACCACGCCCAGAAAUUCGACCCGGUACAAACACAGCAGCUUACCUUGUGGAAGUAGACCGGACUAUGAAAGCUAUAAAUCGAAAGUGCAUUCAAGAAAUAUCAUUGGUGACUCAAGAUGGAACAACAGUUCUACACAGAAACAUAGAUCACAGAAGAAGAUGGACCACAAUGCCAUACUGAGAGGCAAGCAGAUUUUUGGUUUGGACACCACAGACAUCACUUCCACAACUACCAGAUCCAUGGACUUGGAGUCAAUAUUAGACGGACAAAGCGACUCAGAUGGAGAUCUCAGUACCACCGACGCCAGGACGAUCAGGAAACAGCUCGAAGGACUUGAAACGAUGUACUCGGAAGUGUUGAAAAUGCUGGGCGUUAAAAAACAUCCGGGUCGUUACCAGCCUUCCGAUCCAAGGUUCAACAAGAGAAGAUACGGCAGCAUGUCUUCGCUCCCCUCCAGCUCGGUCAGCAGUCGCCCGAUACGAGACAAGCGACGCGCAAAUGAAGACAGGAAAAAAGUCCGCGACAUACGAGGGAUCAAUAAAAGGUUCCAACGUCUCGAGUCGCACGUCGUCACCCUCGCCCGGUCGGUGGCGCACUUGUCCUCUGAGAUGCGCACGCAGCACCUGAUGAUCCAGGAAAUGGAGAAUAUUCGCGGAGAGAUAGCUGCGCUCCGCACGCAGACUAAUAUGCUCAACGUGCGUGCGCAGUCCGCCACGCGGGCUGUUAGCGCGAAGGAGUUGCCGGUGCUGGCGAAUCCGACGAGGGUGAAGAAGUUGACGAAGUUUUUUGGAGAUGAGCCGCCAUUGUUGAGAUUGUUCCUGAGGAAAUUGGGAUAUGAGACUUUGUCUGCAGAUGGCGCAGUGGCACAUCCUACCAGCUCAACUGCAGACAGAACUUUUGACUAUUCUGAAGCAGAUGAACGAUCCAAGCAAGAGUGCGUCAGGAAGCUGUUGUGUCUCCACUCCUGUACAGCCUUUACGUGA